AUGGAAUUUACUUUCACCUUAAAGUUUUUACAGGGUAGUGUGGUCCCUAUUGUCACCACACAAGCCACUGCUUUGGGCACACCUUUGAACGCCGAACUAGCCACUCCCCCUGAAGUUACCCAAACGGUAGUUCAACCACCACAACAACAACAACGUGGUCGUGGUGUGGGACGCGGACGACGUAAUUGGCGAAGUGGAUAUCGAGGGUGGCGGGAUGUUAACCGCGAAUGGCAAGGUGAUAAUCGCAGAUGGUAA